CGCAGUGACGUCAUCACCCUGCGCCGCGCCAUGGCGCUGGGCCCUGCCGGGCCGGCUCGGCUGGUGCGCUGCGGGCAGAAGGACGAGCUGUACCGGAGCGGGCUGCGCAGCGGGGCCGGCACCGCGCUGCACGGGAUCGCGGGAGCUAAGAAGUGGCUGGAGUGGAGGAGGGAGAUCGAGCUGCUCUCUGACGUCGCCUACUUUGCCCUCAGCACCCUGUCAGGUUAUCAGACUCUGGGUGAAGAAUAUGUCAACAUCGUUCAAGUUGACUCAACCAAGAAAAGGGUGCCUUCUUUUCUUCGGCGAGCCAUCUUCGUUUCUCUUCAUACUGUAGUACCCUAUUACAUAGAAAAGGGAUUGCAGCACCUGGAACACGAGUUGCAGAUAGAAGAUGAUGGGGCUAGAACCUUGCAAAGCAACCCAGCACUUGGCUUGUCCAGUAGGACCUUAAUACGAAACUGGAUUCAGAAACAAGUCAGGGAGCUUACAGAAAAACAGAAGAAAACAAUCCUGCAAGUUGUGUACAUUCUUAAGCAAUCCAUUCCUUUGCUUCAUCGACUACAUCUGGCAGUGUUCUACAUACAUGGCACUUUUUAUCACCUAUCUAAAAGAAUUGCAGGAAUCAGAUAUCUGCACUUUGGAGGAGUACAAGGAGAAGAUCAGAGCAUUCGAUCAAGUUACAAAUUCCUAGGAAUAAUUUCACUCUUCCAUCUUCUUCUGACAAUUGGUGUCCAGAUAUACAGCUUCCAACAAAAGCAGAGAGCAAGGCAGGAAUGGAAACUACACCGCAAUCUAGCUCUCCAGAAAAAUACGAUAAAGGAAAAAACUACUGGGCGCCAGUCCCGCUGCACUUUGUGUUUGGAGGAACGGAGACAUGCAACAGCCACACCUUGUGGGCACCUGUUCUGCUGGGAAUGCAUCACUGAGUGGUGUAAUACCAGAACAGAAUGUCCACUGUGCAGAGAGAAGUUUCAUCCUCAGAAACUGAUCUACCUACGCCACUAUCAACUGUGAGGAAAAAUCCAUUACAAGGGCCUCUGCUCUCUUACCUUCAUACAGAGUGGUCAUACAGUUCAGGUUAGUCCAAGAAUGAGACUUUAUUGUAAAACUGGUAACUGCCUGUACAAGGUGGCACUUCAUUCCUGUUGUACAAAAUAAAUCUAUUUCUGCCUCUUCGUGUUUCUUGCUUUAUGGUUCUUGACCAUAUUAAAAAUGUCUUUCUGAAGUUGCUUAAAGAAGUGUGAUAGUCUUCAAACAAUGAAAGAUUUAAGUCAUUUUCUCUAAAUUUGAGUAACAAAUCUUCCAACCUUUCAUAACAUGCUUAAGGCAUUACUAACAUUCUACUAUUUUUAAGACUCCCUUUAGGUAAUUAACAUUACAAGAGUCCAUGCUAUAGAUUUCAGGGGAAAGCAAAAAGAAAAAACAACAAACACUAUCAGAGGAUGUACACGAGUCCUUACUUCACUUGCAGUGGGACUUCUGGUGAUAAAAGUAUAUCAACAUUCAGUUUUCAUAGUAAAGUUAACAAUAAAGCAGCUUUCUUUAAUUUGACAAAGCUUCCCUGAUGAACAGAAGCAACAAAUGCAAGCCCAAAGUAAUAUAGAAUGUCUAUUAAUGAAAUCAACAUUGAGCUUUUAACCUCAAAACUCUACUGUUAUUACUACAAAGAUUUUAAUCAAGUAUUCCAGACACUUAAGACUAGAGCAAUGGAAGAAGUGUUUCAAAGUCACACGUGCAUAUGUGUAACAUGAUGUAAAGUGCAACAAUGACAGCAGAACAGCAAGAUCCCAGGCUACAGCAAGAGGGUUUGCUCAAAUACAACAGCCAUGGGCACAGAAAAAAGAAAAGCUGCUUACCUUCUGAAGGCCUCAGGUAUGCAGGGAUCUCCAGCAAGAUCCCCUUGCCUCCACUGCCAGCCCCUAAAGGAGGACUGGGAAGGGGUGGAUCCUGGCUCCAGCCCUUCUGAUCACUCAGUACAUUGCAUGCACCUGAGCUCCCCUGGACUGGCCCUGCCUUCCCACCAGGCUCCAUCACAGGUGCAAGCUGUGAUUUGGCAUUUCUACUACAGAAUACUAAUAGUCAACUAUGCCCAACUGUAACAAAUUUGUUUUAUAUAACAGAGCCUACAUUCUGUCUGCAUGGCCUUUUCCAUAGUCUAGCACAGGGAAGAAGCUGAUUUCAGCCACAGGCCUUCUACUCUUUAUGGUAAUAGGAACUAUUUAGGCAGAGCCAGUAUAUGAGAGUAUGAAUGAGGAAGGAUUCAGCAGCAUUACAUCCUCAAGUUUACUUCCCUAAGUUAUAAUUAGUUCUGCUACACAAGCAUUUAGAGCAUCAGGGAAAAAGAUUGUCACUUAUUAACACAACACCUUAUUUUUGCACAGUAUGUGCAAGAGGAAGUUGAUUCUAUUUCUUCAAUACAGGUGGAGAGGGAAAUCCAUGUGAUCCACUGGCAGAUCAUGAGUUUGUUUCAAUAAAUCUUGCACAAAUAGCACCAAACAUGGAUUGGGAGGGGCAAGCUACAGGAAAAGCACUUCUUUUCACAGUUAUUUGUAUUGCAGAGAUGUGAGCUAGUUAAUUAUUAAAUCUUCAAGCGUUAUCAUGAAUCCUCAAAUAAAAUCAGAUGAGUGUUUCUUUGCACCUAUAAAUCAAAUAAAAAGUUACUGUGCAAGCACUUCAGCAUUGUUGUACAAAAGCUGAUUUUCAGAGCUGCAAUAUCUUCCCCUUCUUACACUAGAAAAAUUUCAGGCAUCCCCAUGUUUAAAACUGUAAAGAGAACCAUGGCAGAAAAAUGGUCCAUACGACUCAAACAUGUGCUAAGGAAACAACUGCAUUAUAAGCAUUCUCCUUACCAUGAAAAACAGUGAGGAAAGAUAAUCUGCACAUAGAAACAAACAGGAAUCAAUCAGUGACUGGCAAGUCCCUGUGAAGCUGGUGAGCCAAGUUUUUCAUGCAUUCUGUAAUGGUAAUUCAUCACUCCUCAGUGAUAAAAACAGAGCAAAGUUUAACAAAAUGCUGUCAAACUUGCCUGGCCUUUGGAAGCUGAGAGUCACCUGAGGAAUUACAGUCAUCCUGAUGUCAUCCACAAUAUGUAUUUGAAAACUGCUAACCCCACUGAAUAUUGAACAGCUAGCUAUAUAUCCAUUAAUGAGAAGAAAUCUGUUCUUAUGCUGCCACUUAAGUUAGAAAUCAGGUGAAGGUAGAAAUCUGUAAUUUGCAAUGGCUGUUUCUCAUAUCUCAUUGCUCGGGGUCACUCCAAUUGCUAACAUUUAAAAAGGAAUCAUACAAAUCUCCAAUUCUUACCCACGUAUUCAGAAACUCCAGCAAACCCCCAAGUUCAGGCUUUCAGACUAAAGGGCAAAGAACUACAAGUGUCCAUGAUCUUUCUAGAUGCAGUGUUUCUGUAAUUUGAAGUUAGACUAAUUCCCACAUUGAUAAGGAAAACACGCUGACAAACAAAAACCAGACCAACAUCAACUUAAACUACCACCCACUUUUCAAGGUUUGGAAAAGGCUGGAUCCUAGGGCACCAUGACUUCAUUCAACAAAGUCAUAUGAAACUUUUCUAUAAGUUUUCCAAUAAGGCAUCAGUUGAAGUUGACACUGUUCUCCAUUUGAAUCUUUGAAGAGCUAAACUUUAUCUACCUUGUCCUGGUGAAUGUUCCCUGAAGAUCUAAAAUAGGUCACAUGAAGAUAAAUUCUUAGGGUAAUCACUACUGCAAAGAAUCCAUAAAUACUAUUAGAUCUUUCUAUAUGUACAUUUAUAUAUAAAGAUAAUAGAGAACAAGCCAAGGGGGACACUGUCUUUUAAUAAAUUUUGGAAUUAAAAAGUCACUUAAUAAAAUUGCAGUUGUAUCACAUGAAAAAGUUUACAUGCAGGUCAUUUAUCUGAUUUUUUUUUUUUUU